CAAAUUAUGAGUGAAGAAGUAAUUCAAAACGAAGCAAGUUCAAAUACUUCACCUAAAAAACUAACAUUUCUAUACGAAAAACUUAUGAAAAAGAAAUCCAAAUCCGGGAACCUUUCCUAUCCAGCCAUGAAUAGACCUAAAGAAGUGAUUCAAAACGAAGCAGGUUCAAAUACUUUACCUAUAAUACCAAGAUAUGUACACGAAACGCCGGAGACAAUUAAGACAAUUAUGAAAAAAAAAUCACAAUCCAGGAAACUUCACUAUUCAUCCACGAAUAGUAUGUUUCAAAAAAUGAAGGGAAUGAUACAAACUGGAUUAGACUUAAACACUGUCAAAUCUCUACUAAAACCUAAUUAUGAUUAUAACUUGAAUACUUUUGAAGAGCCUGAAACAUAUUCUAUGCAAGAUGAUGCUUAUAUCGAAGCACAAGUUGCAGAAUGGACUCGUCUAUUAGUCGGUGAAAGGUUUAACUCCCAAUUAACUGGUACGACUUGGUUAAAAUAUUCAUAUACAGACUUUUCUACGUUACUAACUUUAAAAUUUAUUUCUGUAUAUACAAUAAUGUGUCUGAAAUUAGCUGGUAUAAAUUUAUCUGGCUUCAAGAUAAUUACUUCGUUAUAUGAUAAUACCUCUGAUACAUCAAGCAUACCAGAUUGCUGCGAUUCUGACAGAAGACGUGUUUCUGAUUAUUUGAAUGAGAC